AUGGGGGAGAUACAAAUUCAAUGUACUGCCUUUGGAAUAACACCAGCGUCAGAACAUUUUCAAAAACAGUUGGAAAUGGUCUUGAAAGAUUGUGAAGGGGUAUGUAUCGAGAUUGAUGAUAUUCUUGUUCAUGGAAAGGAUACUAAGGAGCAUGAUGAAAGAUUGAAGAAAGUUCUUCAAAAGCUUGAUGAAGCGAAUGUUACGUUGAAUGGCGACCAGUGUGAAUUCUCAAAACCUGAAGUUCACUAUCUGGGUCAUGUGAUAAACGCUACAGGAAUCAGUGCAGAUCCAGAAAAAGUUCGUGCCAUCACAGAGAUGUCAUCGCCAAACAGCACACAAGAGGUGAGGCGGUUCUUAGGAAUGUGCAACCAACUCAGUAAGUUCUCAUCGGGAUUAGCUGAUAAGACUAAUCCUAUCCGAGGUUUAUUGAGUGAUAAAACUCACUGGAACUGGGGCAUCCAGCAAGAAGAGGCUUUGAAAGAGAUCAAGAAAAUCCUCAGCAAUACUCCUGUAUUGGCUUUAUACGAUCCAAAAGCGGAGACAAAAAUUCCCACAGAUGCAUCUUCAUAUGGUUUGGGUGCAAUUUUAAUGCAAAAACAAAGUAAUCAUGAAUGGCAACCAGUCGCGUAUGCUUCAAGAGCAUUGUCAUCAACAGAACAAAGAUACGCACAAAUUGAAAAAGAAGCACUGGGAAUUAUGUGGGGAUGUGGGAAAUUUUCUGAGCACAUCUCUGGCAUGAAGUUUCAUAUAGAAACAGAUCACAAGCCAUUGGUUCCGAUAUUUACGCAGAAAAGUCUCGAAGGAUACAACGAUUCCGAAUGCGAAUAA